AUGAGAGUUGACCACAACGAGUGUGAUGAUGAGAUCCAACACAUUCCUAUACCCAUUGCCUUCACUCGAGGAAGGCCAUCGAUCUGGCGCUGGUGGUUCAGUCGCUCCAUCAGUCCCUCUAGGACGUACAGGGUCGACAAGCCGCGCACGCCACCGCCGUCAAGCGACAGCAGGGAGAGGCCAGUGGUGUCGAGCGGGUUGGGCUCGCCGCCGUGCCGGGUCGCGACGCUCUGGGCCAUGGCGGUGUUUCACGGCGAAAUGUGCUUGUUGGUAGUGAAGCGUUCCAGAUCAGGUCAACGGCGGAUGCAUAGCGAGCGUCCGUGGUGGGCGAGAGGCCUUUCUGUAGGUUGGGAACAAGGCUGGUGGCUGAGCUGUGGGCUGAGAGCUGGAGCUGUGAGAUGUGCGCCGUGCAGCAGGUGGCGCAGAUGGCGCCCCGCCAGUGGUGCUGCGACGCGCCGAGGCUGA